AUGACUGGCAAGUCACACGGGAUGACCGACCCGACGCUGCUUUCGCACGGCGAGAAGAAGCCGCUGCUUGCUGACACGUGCGCGUCGUCAAGCAGCCGGGAUUUCUCUCGUCGCUCGUCGGGUCUGGGCGACCGGUACCCGUCUCAAGACGCGACGUGCCUGUCGUCUGCCUUGUUCACGUGGGUGACACCUAUAAUGAAGCUAGGCAGUCAACGCCCACUCGAGCACAAUGACCUGUACUUGUUGGACCCAGUAAACCGUGCGCACGAAGUGUCGACGACGUUCCAAGACGCUUGGGAGCAGCAGUGUCGUACCUCACGUGGCCAGCCCAGUCUGACGUGGGUGCUGGCAUCCUGCUUUGGAGGACAGAUCGCCAAGGCGGGAGCACUGAAACUAGUGCACGAUUCGCUGCAGUUUGUAGGCCCCAUGCUGAUCAAGGCGAUCAUUGCGUACUUGCAGGACCCGACCGCGCCGUUGAGUGAAGGACUCGUGUAUGCAGCGAUUGUGUUCGUCUCGGGCAUCGCACAGUCGUUCUUGCUGCGGAACUACUUUUUCCAUUGCUUUGAAGCCGGAAUGAGAGUCCGGUCGGCUAUUUGUACUGCUGUGUAUAGCAAGAGUCUCGUGCUGUCGGCUGCCGCGAGACAGAAGAAGACGACGGGAGAGAUUACGAAUCUCAUGUCCGUUGACGCUCAAAGACUCCAAGAACUAUCUACGUACGUCAAUAGUGUCUGGUACUCUGUUUUCCAGAUUGUCGUAGCAUGCUACUUGCUGUGGAAGCAGAUUGGACCCGCUACGCUUGCUGGGGUUGCAGUGAUUGUCCUGAUGUUGCCUCUCACGGCGGCGUUCUCGAAACUCAUGCGGCGUUUGCAAUUGAGAUUGAUGGAGGUGAAAGAUGAACGCAUUAAGAUUUGCAAUGAAGUACUGGCUGGCAUGAAGGUUAUCAAGCUGCAGGCUUGGGAACACUCGUUCACCAAACGUGUGCUGGAAUAUCGGAAUGAAGAGCUGAGCAAGCUCAGCACUUACAUUUACGCUCGAAGUGGAUCCAUGACCCUUUUCUCGGCGAUGCCUUCGCUCGUGAUUGUGGUCUCGUUCUACACGUACGUCAAGCUCGGCAACACGCUGGAGGUGGGCACCGCUCUCACGUCGCUAGCCCUGUUUAAUAUCUUACGCUUCCCGUUGUUCAUGCUACCUCAAGUGCUGAACUCAAUCGUUGAGGCUAGUGUGAGUAUUGAUCGUUUAAGCUCGUACUUCCAGGAAGAAGAACGCGAAAAGGUAGGGCCUGGAGGUCUGGACAGUGUCGGUGUUCGCAUAAACAAUGCUGACUUCAUGUGGGACACGGCACCAAGCGCCGUAGCAUCGGAGGCAUCGUCACGAUCACGGGAAGACGAAAAGCUGAUGGUAGAGGAUUCAGCUGUGGACAAGGAGACGUCGGAACAUGGUGACAAUGUGCCUGUUUUACGAAAUGUGAAUUUGGAGGCUCGCAUGGGCGAUCGGAUUGCUAUUGUUGGUCAUGUGGGUGCCGGCAAGUCCACGCUUCUUGCUGGGAUUCUAGGUGAUGCUCGAUGUAGUCGCGGUGGAAUAAGUCUUCGUGGAUCUGUAGCCUACGUGUCGCAACAGCCAUUCAUUCAAAAUGCGACACUUCGUGAGAAUAUUUGCUUCGGUUUACCGUUUGACGAAGCGAAGUAUGCUGAGGCAAUACAUGUCAGUUCGAUGCGAAAGGAUCUGGCUACGCUGCCAGGAGGAGACCUUACGGAGAUAGGCGAGAAGGGAAUUAAUCUCAGUGGCGGACAGCGUACUCGUGUAGCACUUGCCCGUGCAGUAUACCAGGACGCUGACAUUUACCUGCUCGAUGACAUUUUAUCGGCUGUGGACAGCCACGUCGGGCAUGAUAUUUUUAACGAAUGCAUCAAGACAUGUCUAAAGCGUAAGCUUGUGGUACUAGUCACGCACGGUCUGACGUUCCUAAGCGAGUGUGACAAGAUUUUGGUUCUCGAAAACGGCGUGACUCUGGAGGAGGGCACUUACGAACACCUUAUGCACAAGGAAGGCGGUCUUUUGAUGGACCUCGUGGCCAACUACAAAUACCGGGAGCAGCAGGAGCCACCUGCGAGUGAAGAGCCUAGUGAUGUCACUUUGCUGGAAGAGUUGAAGGAGGAUGAAGAGGACAAUCCAACACCUGAACGUCUGGGUAGAAGACUGAGCCGUUUGUCUGUGCGGAGCGAGCAUUCAACAAGCGAAGGAGAUGUGAAUACUCAGCUUAUCGCUGACGAGGACCGUUCCGUGGGUGACGUUGCAUGGCCGGUGUACAAGACAUGGAUCAUGGCAUUUGGCGGAAUUUGUGCUGGUCUGGUAGUGAUUGCCAUAUUCGUCGGGACUCAGUUCUUAGAGUUACUAUCGACGUGGUGGCUUUCGUUUUGGUCAGAACAGUCUCAGUCUGAGGAAAGUAACGACCAAUCUGCAGAUCGUCCAUCGCAGAUGUUCUACGUGUAUGUGUACAUGGGCCUCAAUGGACUAUACGCCGUGGCGCUUUACGUUCGCACUCUCGCUAUAUACAAGGGAGGUCUGCGUGCAAGCCGGUCGCUUUUCCAGAACUUACUGGCUCGCAUUCUGCGUGCUCCAACUUCCUUUUUUGACACAACACCCACGGGUCGUAUCGUCAACCGUCUAUCGAAGGAUGUGUACACUGUUGAUGAGAGUAUACCUGCUACGUGGAGCAUGCUUCUGAAUACGGUUGUUAGCGUGCUGGUGACGCUGGUCACUAUUUCAUACAUAACUCCGAUUUUCAUGGUGAUCCUGCUGCCCCUCAUGGUGGGCUACUACGUCUCGCAGCGCUACUUUAUUACGUCCUCGCGCGAGCUGCAGCGUUUGGACUCUAUCAGCCGUUCUCCUGUCUUCAGUCUUCUGGCAGAGACUCUUGACGGCUUACCAACUAUUCGUGCGUAUCGUGCAGAGACCCAGUUUUGCCGAAAGAACGAAGAGUUGAUCGAUCGAAACCAGCGUGCUUAUUUCUUGAACUUUGCGGUGAACUGCUGGUUAGCGCUUCGUCUCGAGUUCGCCGGGACACUAAUUUCAGCUUUCGCCGCGCUCUGUGCUGUCCUAGUCCACAGCUCGGACCCGGAGCAUGGAGCAGAAUUUGCUGGGCUUGCAGGUGUAUCUCUUACAUACGCAUUCAAUGUCACGCAGUCACUUAAUUGGUCUGUGCGCAUGCUUAGUCAGCUGCAGACGCAGAUGGUUUCUGUGGAACGUAUCAAGAAUUACACGAUGAUGGACAUGGAAGCCGAGCUCACUAGUGUGGGCAAGCUUCCUCCUGCUCAGGAAUGGCCUUCUACAGGCGCAAUAGAAUUUCGCGAUGUAAAUUUGCGCUACCGUCCAGGCCUGCCUCGCGUGUUGCGCAACUUGUCGAUCUCAAUUCGCCCCCGGGAAAAGAUUGGCAUUGUAGGUCGUACGGGCGCCGGCAAGUCGAGUCUCGUUGUGGCUCUGAUGCGUCUUGUCGAGUUGGACAGUGGCUCGAUACUCAUUGAUGGAUUGGACAUUAGUACCAUUGGAUUGCACGAGCUGCGCAACAAGAUCUCCAUCAUACCGCAGGACCCAGUGCUAUUUUCAGGCACAGUGCGUAGCAACGUGGAUCCAUUUGGCCAGUAUACGGACGAACAGAUCUGGACGUCUGUGCGCCGUGCCCAUCUCGCACACGUCGUGACUGCACUUGAUGGCGCUGUAGAUGAAAAGGGCUCGAAUUUCAGCGUUGGAGAGCGUCAGUUGCUAUGCAUUGCUCGCGCCCUGCUUAAACGCUCGCGCAUCAUUCUCAUGGACGAGGCAACAGCCUCGAUUGACACUGAAACCGACCGCAAAAUUCAACGCAGCAUUCGCGAGGAGUUCCGUGACUGCACAUGCCUCACAAUUGCGCACCGCAUAAACACUAUUCUUGAUGCGGAUCGCAUCCUUGUAAUGGAGCGUGGCUCUGUUGGUGAAUUUGACACGCCGAAGGCUCUCCAAAAGAGGCAAGAUGGACUGUUUAAGGCACUCGUAGGGCACUGGAAGAACGAAAGCAAGUAA